AUGAGGGUUAGUGCGGAGGACCUGAACUUGGAGCCAGGGGUGUACAUACGUGAAGGGUGUGAAAUGCUGGCACAAUUACGGGACCAGUGGGUCAUGCUGCCAGAAUUGAGCGAAUUGCACCCACAAUGUGACAUCGAUCAGGCCGAUGUAGGCGUCCCAGGUCGGCCCUCUCCCGAAGAUGAAUCCAGGAUGCGUGCAAUCCUGAAGCACCAUAGAAAGAUAUUCCUGGGUGAUGGAAAUCCCGCACCUGCUCCCGCCAGAGGAGUAGUGUGUGACUUCGAUGAGAUGCCAAACCUAUCGCAUUGCGCCCAAUGUCAAUUGGACCGCAUGUGGCAGUUAAGGUAUACGAGGUUAUCAAGACUCAAGAAACUGCUCGAGAACAAUCUGAUUGAACAUUCUGAAUCGCAGUGGGCAUCUCCGAUCGGGAUCGUGCUCAAAAAAAAUGGAGUGGACAUCAGGAUGUGUAUUGACUAUCGACUUGUGAAUAAUUUCAUCCAGCUGUCUAGCUAUCCGCUGCCUCUCAUCGACGACUUGCUAGUCGGUUUUGAGAAGGCGCUCUGGUUCAUGAGCCUGGAUAUGGCCAGCGGUUUCUGGGCAAUCAAGAUGACCGAAAGAGCCAGCCUUCGUAUGUCCUGGAUCCGGAUGCCAUUUGGUCUGAAAAACGCACCCCUGAUUUACCAGCAAGUGAUCAACAACUGCCUGUGGGGAUUUGUGCGUCUGCCACCAGAAGAGGAGGCAGAAGUAGACCAAGAAGUUUUGGAUUACCUGAAUCUGGACCCCCAGGAUGACGGAUCUCCAGGAUGUGGAACUCCACGAUGCAGCGGUUGUGAGAACGACCAUGCUUCUCGGUUGUUGCCGACCCUGGCGGACCAAAUGACAGUGUUCAAAAGGAACAUCCCUGCCCCAACCCAGAUGUCACCUGUCCUA